CGCAGCCUCGGGGAUGUAGCAUGAGUGGUGGGCGUCCGCAGAGACACAUUGAGCACAAUGACGCAAUUCAUGACUAUGAGUGUGGCGACCACCAUGACGAAAAGGAGAUACCUGAGGAGCCCGGGGUGCGUGACUUCACAGCAUCCCAGCUUCUCUGUCAUCACCACCUCCCCACUCCCUCAAGCUGGUCCUCUGACCUCACAAACGCCUCUCUGCCAGGGGCUGCUAGGCCAGCCGCUUCCCUGACCCUUCUACCCCUCCUACCACCUGCGGCGGCCAUGAAUGGGACCCCCAGCUCCCUGGACACUCUGCUGUGGGUCUACCACUAUCACAGCUCCACCGAGGUGGCUCUCCAGCCCCCGAUUCUAUCUUCCCUGGAACUCGCGAUGGCUGCAGCCCAUGAAUAUCUGGAGCAGAGGUUGCUGAAGUCCCCGGAGCUGCAGGAGCCUGAGGAGCCCACCCUAGGGCUGGUGCUAAGAGAAGUGUCGGCCAACGUCAUGAGCUGCAGCACCACCUUGUUAGAGAUAUCAGCCUUUUGGCUGCAGCAGGAAGCGCGAGGACUGGACAGCAGCGACAGCAGCCCAGGCCCAGCUGCAGACGCCAGAGAUCCGGGUGGAGUACUGGCCCGGGUAGCUCAGGCUGCCCGGCAUGGGGCUCUGCAAGCCAGGGCUGUGGCGGGCUGGAGUGCCCGGCUCCUGGUCCAGGGGAUGUGGCUGUGUCUGUGUGGACAGGGUCUGCAGGGGUCCGCUUCAUUCCUGCAACAGUGGCCACGCCAGCUGGGCCUCGGAAUCCCCGGGGAGCCAAGACACUCAGGAGACCUCAAGGUGGCUUCCAGCAGCAGUGAGGAGGACAAGGGACCAGAGCAUCCAUCACCACCCUAGCACCACCCUGUGUCCAAAUAAAGUCCACGAGGGGUCCAAACA